UGAUUCUUCCUCCAUCGUUGGCCUCAACAUCUGUUAGCAUCGUCGCCCUCUUCUCUCUCGCUCUCGCCAUGUACGAUCGCAUGUUUUAUCGCAGAAAAAAGAGAAGAACUGGAUACUGCGUGAUAGUAGUUGGUCUAGCUUGGCGAGAAGAAUGAGCAACCACCAAAUUAAUCAACAUGCUGGCAUCUAUGACCGUUUCUUGGUGCGAGAUCCUGCCUCAAUCCACAUCGAGAAUAUGCUUCAAACUAUGCCUCCCACUUUGUCGGAGCGUAGUAUAUUUAGGGUUCGUCAUCAACUGCGCAAAGUCAACGAGAAAGCCUAUGACCCAGAGAUCCUAGCCAUCGGCCCUUAUCACUGUGAAAAUGGCAAGUUCAAAUUCAUGGAGGAGCAAAAACUGCGAUACCUGCAGCAAUUGCUUGAGAGGAGAAAGGAGAGCGUUGAUAGCUAUAUGCCGACUCUCAGGGAACUGGAAGAGCGGGCACGUAAUUGCUAUGCGGAAACCAUCAACCUCUCCCAAGAAAAGUUUCUUGCGAUGAUGCUCAUUGAUGGCUGUUUCAUCAUUGAGUUCUUCCGUAAGUACAAUAAUAUGAUACCGACAGACAGAGACGACCCGGUUAUGCGUGGACGUGGGAUUAUAAAUAGCAUCAGGCGCGAUUUACAGCUGCUAGAGAACCAACUCCCACUUUUCGUCUUGAGCAAGCCAUAUGACCUGACUGAGGACGAGCAUCAUGAGUUCAGCAAAGUCGCAAUCAUGUACUUCCAGGUGAACGAAAAAGCCCCAGCCGAAAUUUGACGAUUGGCGCUGGGAACAUCUUCUGCAUCUAUAUCAUGCGUGGUACACUUCUGGCUUGCCUGAAACGCCCCAGCUGAACUGCAUACCAGUCAUGCCCUCGGCGAUUGAGCUAAGGAAGUCAGUAGUCAGGUCAGUCAUGCCCUCGGCGAUUGAGCUAAGGGAGUCAGGAGUCAGGUUUAGGGCUGCGCAAGGGCGCGAACUGAGCGACAUCAAAUUCAAGAACGGGACACUCGAGUUACUGGUCUUGUAUGUAGAGGAUGACACCGAAUCAAAUUUUCGAAACCUGAUCGCAUAUGAGCAGCAUCGUCAAAGCAGAGACAUCAACUACUUCACGGAUUACGUGACCUUCAUGGAUUGCCGCAUAAGCUCUUCAAAGGACGUCGAGGUGCUUCGCCACGCAGGGAUUGUUAAGAACUACCUAGGCGAUGACAAGGUUAUUGCACAGAUGUUCAACAAGAUCGGUGACCAUGUCGCUGUAUCCGAUUCCUAUUACUCCGAGAUCUUCCCAAAUGUGAAUGCACAUUACAAGAAUAAGUGGAACGUCUGGAUCGCGAAACUGAAGAGGGAAUAUUUCCAUAGUCCUUGGGCUUUCUUGUCCGUUCCCGCAGCCAUUGUGUUGCUCUUUCUCACAGUAGCACAAACAGUAUUUUCUAUUCUUCCUUACACAAAGUAAAGUUAAAUGUGAUGAGUGCCAGUUCAUAUAUUUCCCCCGGACCAUCUACUUGUGUUCUAUAGCCAAUAGUAUUAUCUUGGUUUUCCAAUGAGGACGAACCAAAUGUACUUAAAGAAAGAUAUUGAAAAGUAUUUUUGCUUUAAA